CUUUUACACAUUUCAUUUUAAAGACCUCCAUAACAUUCUCAAAUCAUGGCCGAUCCCACUUCCACAGAUGUUAAAAGUGACUCUGAACCCUGGUCUGUUCUCGAAAACUUGAUUCUUGCACAAGCAAUCUACAAAUGCGGCGGCACCGACUGGGUUGCAAUUGCACGCACCAUCAAGGGACAUCCCCAAGUUCAUCGCUCUAACAACUUUUUCUCACAAAAGAGUUGUGCCACUCAAUAUACCCACCUCUUAAAGAACCUGGAAGCCGAAACGCGAUCAAAGCAAUCGCGCGGUGAGGCAGGAUCUUCAGCUUCACAAGAUAUCCCCUCUGUAGUAAAGCUUGCCGGACAACUUUAUAAUCAACGGAUAUUGGAGAUCAAGGCGCUAAUUCGGAAGGAUGAAGAAAGGUUUAGAGCAUUGGUAACGGAGCUCGAAGAGAUUCGUCAAGGCAAAUGGGAUAGCCAAUUGGCUGAAGAGCUGAAAAAGAAUCCACCUCCACUCAUAUCUGAAAACGAAGCACCUACGAAUAAUAGUGACACCUCAAUAACUGCUAAUACGGAUGAUUCGCAUUCGCAGCUGCAUCAAGAAGGCGAUGGUAACAAUGCCACAACCUCAUCAUCUGACAUCAACACAAUAGAGCCUUUCGCUCUUACAUCGUCAUCUGAAGCUCCCUUACCACAGAGUGCGCUGAAUUCCGAACAAGUAACAAUCCUCUCUAAUGAAGAUGAAAUCUCUUUAAAGGCAACACCCACAACUAUACAAUCGGAAGAAAUUUCCCAACUAGAAGAGGAUGUGAAUAUGGAAGAUGUAGCUGGAUCGCAACAAACACCACAAGACGCCUCUAUAGAAUUCAGUAAUAGCAUCUCAUCAAGUGCAGCGCCAACGCUUGUUCAAGGGACAGUGGAUAUUGAAAUGAGCGACGCUACAGAACAAGAGCCACUAAAAUCCGACGCGAUACCUGAGAAUAACGCAAUGCCUAAAAUCGCUGAGAUGCAUUAUGGGAAACCAGAUACAGUUAGCGCCUUAAAAGACAGACAACAUUUGAACGAAUCGCUAGGAUCAGAAUCAGAUUUAUUGCAGUCUGGAGCCAUCCAUGAGGAGAUAGAUAUUGCACCCAGUGGAGGGGAGCAGGCCCCGGAGACCAAUACACAACUGAAAAAUGAAGCUAUUGAUGAAGAAGCCAAUGUCGAAAAACAGGGCAAGCGUAAAGACGACGAGAUGAUGACGGAGUCCGAGAUAAAGGACAAGGAAGAGACUGAGGAAGAUUCGAAGAAGGCUUCUUCACGGGAAAAAACACCAGAAUUGCAUGAGAAUACUGAAGAAACAUUGAAAAAAGAGGAAGAGCUUAAUUUAAAACCUCUCCUAGUAGGAUCAGAGAAGAUUAACGAGGCAGAGCAUAGUCUCAGCCACGAUCACGAUCACGACGGAGAAGAUACAGGACAUGAAGGCGCAACCAGCGGAGAUGAAGAUGUAGCUGGAUCAACCACCAAAGCAGCUAGGAAACCAAAGAAGAUUAAAACAAGUACCGUGCCCGGAAAGCGUAGAAGGCGUUCUACUCGUGGGACAGCCAAUGCGGUUGAUAUUAAUGAAGAUGGAGGCUAUAACAGCACAGACAGUGAAGCUACAGAUGGUGUCAACACCAAUAUAUCGUCCGAUCAUGUUAUACGGCCUCAGAUGGAUGACAAGAAAUGGAAAAAAAUUCUGAUGAUGAUUUGGUCUGACAUUGCUAAUCAUCGAUUUGGAGCCGUAUUUAUGCAGCCAAUUAAAGAACAGGAUGCACCUGGUUACUACUAUAUGAUCAAACGACCCAUGGAUCUCAAGAGUAUCAAGGAGCGUAUCCGUGAUGGUCAAAUUACAAACGCAGAUGAGUUCCACCGGGAUGUCCUACUGAUGUUUAUGAACGCCAUUAUGUAUAAUAAUGAGGAUACUGAAGUUUAUCAUAUGGCACAGGCUAUGAUGUCAGAGGUCGAAUUCAUAAUCAAGAACUUCAAGAGUUCUCAGUCAUUUGCUCCUAUAGGUACAUCAGGGGGCUUAGCCCAAAUUGGGUCUAGUAGUACUUCGACAUCGACCACACCGACUACUCGUACUGCAGGAUUGGAUUUAUUAUCUGGCUCAAGUCAGCCCAUGACCCGCAAAAGGAAAAGUUCUGGGCUUGAGAUGACACCUGUAGAGUGAGAUGAGAUUUGUAAUACAAAAAAAAAUAUUGCGCAGCACUUUUCAUUUGAUUCUUGCCCUUAAGCAAAUCAUGUAUAUAAACUCC